AUGUGUUUUAGAAGCAUUUUAAAUUAUUUGAAUUGUUACGUAAAUGAUGCAAACAAAUAACACUACAUACGUACAUGUGUCUUCACAAACUGGCAAUGCAAUGCAAUUGUUUGUAGAUGAUUUGUUAUUGCGUAACUUACCUAUACAUAUUAACUGAAAUAAAUCAGCCAAAGGUAAAAACACCCGUGACACACGAGUCCCUGGUUAUAAACCAUUUUAAAUGUGAUAUUAGAACCAAAUAUUACAAUACCAGCGUAUAUUUAGUACCUUUCGAUGGAACGUACGACGAGGUUCCAACAGAAUUAAGGAACACAACCGAAUCUCUAAUUGUAUACUUUGAGCCAAACGAUAAAUCAUUUAUGAACAACCUCUCGGGUCUUAAUGACUUCAUAAUAACUAAUAAAAUCCAGCUUGGAUUUUUAAUAACAACAGCAUUUUCUGGUAAACCCAAUGAAUUAACAUUCGAAGACCUUAAGGAAAAGGCAAAUAUUGUAUUUGAUAUAAUAACACUUAAAGAAGAGGAUGAGGAACCUUCAGAAGAUGCGUUGUGCGAAACAGAUAAAUAUUCUGAGAUUGUAGAAGGCUUGAAAAACUUUGUAUGGUCAAACAUAAAAACAAAAGCCUCAACUUCGAAUUGCAAACAGCCCAACAAUGCUGAGGAUCUGGAAAAUGAACUAAAUGAUUUUGAAAAAUUAUUAAUUACGGCACAAAACCUACGCAGCGACACACGCUUAACUAGAGAUGAAAUUUUAAAUAAAGCGGAAGAAUUAGCGGAAGUUAUGUCCGCAAUUUUGAAUGAUAAUGAUAGCGACUAAUUUUAAUAA